AUGAAGACUCUGAUUCUAAUUAUCUGCGGGCUGGCCGCGGUAUCUGCCAUUCCAGAAUUUGAGAGAGAAUGGCAUCACUUGAAGGAGUGGGAAGCGUUCAAGACUCAGUUCGAAAAGUCCUACGCUAACCCCCUCGAAGAGAAACACAGGCAGUCUGUGUUCUUGGACAAGGUGAAAUACAUCGAAGACUUUAACAAGCUCUAUGAAAAGGGCGAGAAGACCUACUUCUUGAAGGUCAACCAACACAGUGAUUUGACCCACGAGGAACUGAUUGCCCUUUUGACCGGAGGAUUCGAACGCAGGAUGGAGGUCCCUAACGAGCCCCCCAUGGAGGUGUCCGUCGUAGGAUUGGCCGACUCAGUCGACUGGAGGGUUGCAGGAGCUGUGACCCCUGUGAAGGACCAAGGCCAGUGUGGAUCCUGCUGGGCUUUCUCCGCUAUUUCAGCCUUGGAGAGUAUGCACUUCCUCAAGACUGGAGAGCUGGUCAGUCUUUCUGAGCAGAAUUUGGUUGAUUGCGCCUGGGACUACGGAUGUUAUGGAUGUGGAGGAGGAUGGCCUUAUGCUGCCUAUCAGUACAUCCGAGACAAUGGAGGCGUUGAUACCGAGAGCUCUUAUCCUUACCGAGCCUCUGACCAGACCUGCAGCUACAGUCCUUCAACCGUAGGUGCUACAGUCAGUUCUUACGUCCAGCCUGCUAGUGGCAGCGAGUCUGCACUCCAGAAAGCAGUCCACGAUGUAGGGCCAGUCAGUGUUUGCAUUGACGCAGGCCAGCCUUCCUUUGGCAGCUACGGAGGAGGAGUUUACUAUGAACCCUACUGUGAUACUUACUAUGCCAACCACGCCGUGAAUGUCGUGGGGUACGGAGCCCAGGGUGGUAUGGACUUCUGGCUCGUCAGGAACUCUUGGGGCACCUGGUGGGGAGAAGGAGGAUAUAUCAAGAUGGCCAGGAACCAAGGCAACAUGUGCGCCAUUGCUACCUACUCUGUCUAUCCUGUUGUUUAAUAUUCUGGUUGGUCACUUAUGUAUAUCCCACUCCUCAUCAGAGGACACCUCAGAAUUUCAAAAUGCAAUAAAAACUAAUACAAACUGA